AUCACGAGAUAACUUGUUAUGUAACCAAACGAACCCUUAUUCCUUCAUCAUCAACAUAAAAAAGAGCAAUAUUCGCUCAAAACCCCCAUCAUAGUAGCGAUAAACAAGCACAAAAAAUCUACACAAAACAAAGUUCUACUCACAAAAAUGCAGCAACAACCCCCACCCCCUACCACCACCCACCCCACCCCGACCCCCACCCCCACCCCCACGGAUUCCGAUUUCCCCCGUCUCGCCAACAUCAAAAUCAAAUCCUCCUCCCCACGUUUCCCCCCACCCACCACCCCCUCCACCACCGACACCCCAACCGCCGGUGCACAACGCAAAAUCGGCAUCGCCGUUGACUUAAGCGACGAAUCCGCUUUCGCCGUUAAAUGGGCAGUGCAUCAGUACCUACGUCCAGGUGACGCCGUUAUACUAGUUCACGUCCGUCCAACUUCCGUACUGUACGGAGCCGAUUGGGGUUCCGUUGAUCUAUCAAUCGUCGACACUGAGAAUGAAGAAAGUCAGCGUAAACUCGAAGACGAUUUCGAUACGUUUACGACUACUAAAGCAUCUGACUUAGCUCAACCGUUAGUUGAUGCGAAUAUUCCGUUUAAGAUUCAUAUUGUUAAGGAUCAUGAUAUGCGCGAACGGUUGUGUUUGGAGGUUGAGAGGUUAGGGUUAAGUGCUGUGAUUAUGGGGAGUAGAGGAUUUGGUGCUACGAAGAGAGGAAGUGAUGGGAGAUUGGGAAGUGUUAGUGAUUAUUGUGUUAGGCAUUGUGUUUGUCCUGUUGUUGUUGUUAGGUAUCCUGAUGAUAAGGAGAGUGGAAAUGGAAAUGGAAAUGAUGUUGUUGAGCCCGUUGUUUCGGUUGCUUCUGCUGCUGUUGAGGAAGAUGAUGAGGAGGAUGCUGAGUAUCAUGAUGCUUCGGAGGAUCGAAAAGAUUCAUAAUGAAGUUGGAAGAGGUCUUCAUUUGGCUUGCACAAGCGUUGACCAGCUUCCACGACAACCACUAGGCCCUUUGUGAUGUCUGGAGUCAUUUUAUGUAAAUGAACUGUUGUAGCUUGUCUCCCUCAACAUCGACUUAUUAUGGUCUCUUCUUGAUGAUUGUGUCUGCUAUGGUUGUCAUUUGCUCAGUGUUAUUACUUGAUUGCUUUGCCUUUGGAUACUUGCAGUGCAAUCUAAAACUUUUUUAUGACUCGUCCA